GCCAUUACAGGGAGAAAGUCGCCUGGAGCGACGGGGACGGGCUGCAGCCUGUCGCUCCCCUGGAAAGCCUUUGCAAGCCUCGAGGCUUGCCGUAGCUCCUUAAAAGCCCGAGUUCAGAGCCGGGCGUGGUGGCGCACUCCUUUAGUCCCAGCACUCGGGAGGUAGAGGUAGGAGGCUCGCCGUGAGUUCAAGGCCACCCUGAGACUACAUAGUGAAUUACAGGUCAGCCUGGACUGGAACGAGACCCUACCUGGAAACCCCCCCCAAAAAAAAAAAAUCACAGGGCCAUGAUGAAACACAUCGAGGGGGACUCGCGACGUUUACCACAAGGGUCUCAGAGCCGGCGGACUGCAAAGCUCUCAGACCCCCCCCCACUGUGAAUAGGGGUGGGGGAAGAAACACGUUCUUAUCACGUCCCAUGUUUGCUCCCCACAAGCGGCCUCGUUCGUUUUCCAAAACCUGGGGUACUGGGUGCCUCGGUCAGCAAGCGCAUCGUUCAGAUAAACAUGGCUCGCUGCCGGCUCUCCCCCGGGGCGCACACGCGCACCCUGGCAAAUGUUUUAUUUUCUCUUUGAAUCCCUGCUUUGCUGACCACAAUGGCAGCCCAAGUCCUUGUAAUUGGCAGCGGAGGAAGGGAACAUACACUGGCCUGGAAACUUGCACAGUCUCCUCGCGUGAAACAAGUGUUGGUUGCCCCAGGAAAUGCAGGCACUGCCUGCUCUGAAAAGAUUUCAAAUGCUGCCAUUUCCAUCAAUGAUCAUAGUGCCCUCGCUCAGUUCUGUAAAGAGAAAAAAAUUGAAUUCGUAGUUGUUGGACCAGAGGCACCUCUGGCUGCUGGAAUUGUUGGGGACCUGGCCUCAGCAGGAGUGCGAUGCUUUGGCCCCACAGCAGAAGCAGCUCAGUUAGAGUCAAGUAAAAGGUUUGCCAAGGAAUUUAUGGACCGGCAUGGAAUCCCAACUGCGCAGUGGAGAGCGUUCACCAAACCUGAAGAUGCCUGCAGCUUCAUUAUGAGUGCAGACUUCCCUGCUUUGGUUGUAAAGGCCAGUGGUCUCGCAGCUGGGAAGGGAGUGAUGGUUACAAAGAGCAAAGAGGAGGCGUGCAGAGCCGUCCGGGAGAUCAUGCAGGAGAAUGCUUUUGGGGCAGCUGGAGAAACAAUUGUGGUUGAAGAACUUCUUGAAGGAGAAGAAGUGUCUUGUCUGUGUUUCACUGAUGGGAAGACUGUGGCUCCUAUGCCCCCAGCACAAGACCAUAAGCGAUUACUGGAGGGAGAUGAGGGCCCCAAUACAGGAGGAAUGGGAGCCUACUGUCCAGCACCUCAGGUCCCAAAGGAUUUAUUAUUAAAAAUUAAAAAUGCUAUUCUUCAGAGGACAGUCGAUGGCAUGCAACAGGAAGGUACUCCAUACACAGGAAUUCUCUAUGCUGGUAUAAUGCUGACCAAAGAUGGCCCAAAAGUUCUAGAGUUUAACUGCCGUUUUGGUGAUCCAGAAUGCCAAGUAAUCCUCCCACUUCUUAAAAGUGAUCUCUACGAAGUAAUUCAGGCCACCUUAGAUGGCCUGCUGAGCACAUCGCUGCCUGUUUGGCAAGAAAACCGCUCUGCUGUAACUGUCGUCAUGGCAAGUAAAGGUUAUCCUGGAGCCUACACCAAGGGUGUGGAGAUAACAGGGUUUCCCGAAGCUCAAGCUUUAGGCCUAGAGGUAUUCCAUGCAGGCACUGCCCUUAAAGAUGGCAAAGUGGUUACCAGCGGGGGUAGAGUCCUUACAGUAACUGCUGUCCGGGAAAAUCUCAUGUCAGCUCUUGAAGAAGCCAGGAAAGGACUCGCUGCUGUCAGGUUCGAGGGAGCAGUGUUCAGGAAGGACAUCGGUUUCCGUGCUGUAGCUUUCCUGCAGCAGCCCAGGGGCCUGACUUAUAAAGAUUCUGGAGUAGACAUUGCAGCUGGAAAUUUGCUGGUUAAGAAAAUUCAACCAUUAGCAAAAGCCACCUCCAGACCAGGCUGUGAUGUUGAUCUUGGAGGUUUUGCUGGACUCUUUGAUCUCAAAGCAGCUGGUUUCAAAGAUCCUCUUCUGGCCUCUGGAACAGAUGGUGUUGGGACUAAACUGAAGAUUGCCCAGCAGUGCAAUAAGCAUGAUACCAUUGGUCAAGACUUGGUUGCAAUGUGUGUAAAUGACAUUCUGGCACAAGGAGCAGAGCCCCUCUUCUUCCUUGAUUGCUUUUCCUGUGGAAAACUUGACCUCAGUACGACUGAAGCUGUCAUUGCUGGAGUGGCUAGAGCUUGUGGACAAGCUAGAUGCGCUCUCCUUGGCGGGGAGACAGCAGAAAUGCCUGACAUGUACCCUCCUGGCGAGUAUGACCUCACUGGCUUUGCUGUUGGUGCCGUGGAGCGCGGUCAGACCCUCCCUUACCUGGACAGCAUCACGGAAAGGGACGUUGUUGUUGGAAUCGCAUCGUCUGGUCUUCAUAGCAAUGGAUUUAGUCUUGUGAGGAAAAUUGUGGCCAAGUCUUCCCUCCAGUACUCCUCUCCAGCACCUGAUGGGUGUGGUGACCAGACUUUAGGGGACUUGCUUCUAACUCCAACCAAAAUCUACAGUCAUUCACUUUUACCUGUCAUACGCUCAGGGCAUGUCAAAGCAUUUGCUCAUAUCACUGGAGGAGGAUUGCUAGAAAACAUUCCCAGAGUCCUCCCUCCGAAGUUUGGGGUAGACUUAGAUGCUCGGACCUGGAGGAUCCCCAGGAUCUUCUCAUGGCUACAGCAAGAAGGACAACUCUCUGAAGAAGAGAUGGCCAGGACAUUUAACUGUGGGGUUGGAGCUGUUCUGGUGGUAUCAAAAGACCAGAGUGAGCGGGUUCUGCAUGAGAUUCGGCAGCACCAGGAAGAAGCCUGGGUGAUAGGCAAUGUGGUUGCAUGUCCUGAAGGUUCACCUCGAGUGAAAGUCAGGAACCUGCUUGAAACCAUGCAAGUAAAUGGACCCAUGUUGACAAAUGGCUUCCAGAAAAGUCAUUUUCCUCCCCAACCAAAAAAGGCAAGAGUGGCCGUAUUGAUAUCUGGAACAGGAUCCAACCUCCAAGCGCUCAUAGACAGCACUAGGGAUCCAAGUAGCUCGGCGCAGAUCGUCAUCGUGAUCUCCAACAAAGCUGCGGUGGCUGGCUUAGAGAAAGCAGAAAGAGCUGGCAUUCCCACCAGAGUAAUUAAUCACAAAUUAUAUAAAGGUCGUGAAGAAUUUGACAGUGCAAUUGACAAAGUCCUUGAAGAGUACUCUACAGACUUAGUCUGUCUUGCAGGAUUCAUGAGAAUUCUCUCUGGUCCCUUUGUCAGAAAAUGGAAUGGGAAAAUGCUCAAUAUCCACCCAUCCUUGCUGCCAUCAUUUAAGGGUUCAAAUGCUCAUGAGCAAGUCCUGGAAGCUGGAGUCACGGUCACCGGCUGCACCGUGCACUUCGUGGCUGAAGAUGUAGAUGCCGGGCAGAUCAUCUUACAAGAAGCUGUUCCUGUGAGGAGGGGUGACACCGUUGCGACUUUGUCUGAGCGAGUCAAACUAGCAGAGCACAAAAUAUUCCCGGCAUCCCUGGAGCUGGUGGCCAGUGGAACUGUUCAGCUUGGAGAAAAUGGCAAGACCCGUUGGAUCAAAGAGGAAUGAAGCUUCUUAUUGAGGAACAGAAUUAGUUCUGAAAGAACUGUGGCUAUUUCCAUACAUUCCUCCUCCUUCCUCAAUAAGAAACCUAUGCCAGGGACUGGAGAGAUGGCUUAGUGGUUAAGCGCUUGCCUGUGAAGCCUAAGGACCCUGGUUUGAGGCUCGAUUCCCCAGGACCCACAGAAG